CGAAGACGUCCAUUGUCCAUUGCAUUGCUAUUAUCAGGUUUCAUCGAUCCUGUGUUGGGGAGCUACGAGAGAGAAAAAAAGUCUACUGCAAUAACUGUAAUAACAGAGCAAUAGUCUAUCCAGAGGUGAGGAGGGGGGAAAUGAAAAGCCAAAUCUCCAAGUGCUUCCUGCAAAAAUGGUCUUUAAUUAAUGACGUCACACGUGCCUCCACUGCGCUACGACUGUUGGAUUUUCCCUUCUCACUGCAGUACGCGCGUCGCUUGCGAGUCGUACACACGUAUUGUUCUAGCGUUCUCGGCACUUACUGCGUAUUAAUAUCAAUGAAAUUGAAUCAGUGCUUGUCGUGAGCCUGCAAGGACACUUUCCGUUGCCAUUUUCACCAAUCCGGAUGUUUUGUUCUGUUAUCAGGUAGGCGCUCCAUGAGAGCUGCGAAAUAAUUGCAGUGCUGUUACAAUUGGCGAUGAAAACUGUUUAGGUUUGUAUAUCGAAGCUGAAUUAGUGUUUCUAUUUAAUUAUACCCGUAGAAUGGAAUGUUCACGAAUUGGAGAAAUGUGGACGCGCAAGAGAUAGCAGCUUGUCCCAGCGUUUGGCUGCGGGGACCAGGAAAAGCACGAAAGACAAGACAGAGGUCCUCCGGGCCCACACUUCCAGAAUACGAAGCAGGUACGCAGCGACACAGUCAAGAAAACAUAAACAAGAAAAAUAAAAAAGGACAUCCCCAAUGAAAAAGGAGACAGAGGAACAGUGAGCCGAAGGCCGGCAAUAUUUUCUGAAUUUGGAGGAGAAUAAAACCAAGACUGUAUAAUAAGAAGCAGAGUACAACAAAAAUAUAAGUAAAAGGACGGGAGUAUGCGUGGGGUUCUAGCGGGGUCGUCGCCACCGAUGAGCGAGACAGAGAUGAAGAAGAGAGCCCCGGGUUCAAAUCUAAUAUGCAUACGUGUUGAUCAAGUAAAAGAUCGUCAACUGCUACGCACUAAACUGAUUCAGCUGCUGGCACCAUCAUCAUGCCAUGGACUGUUACCAAAGGCAGACGUACACGACAGCGUCUCACAUACUUGGCAUCAAGUUCGUGGGGAGAGGAGUCACAGCGCUCGUGGGACCGUUUAGUGAAGAAGUAAACAAGUGCGAUUAUCAAGUGACGUGCACGUGUUUUAACGUACAGAGGUAGCAAUUAUUAUACAUUUCAUUUUCUUUUUUUACGUGAGUGAACUCUUCAAGAGCUGACCUUAGAUGGAAAGCGGGCUUGGUGGUUCUCUUUCCUGUCGUCAUACGGUCACCUGAGAAAAGGCGUAUUCUUUGAGCAUGCAUUUCAGUUUCCCAUCAAGAAGAAAAAAGUGGAACCGUGGUGUUUAAGUUUUCCAUGAUGGAAAUUCAUAUUUUUCAUCAAAGGAGAAAAGUCGUGUUAUUAUUUACCGAUAUUAAUUUCAGUUUGUUAUAAAAGGGGGGAUGUGGCACACUGGCGGUUUAGAUAUGUGCCUUGUAUUUAUAUUGGUGCUGCUUUUGUUGGGUCUCCCGUUGUCCCGGGUAGACGGGACUGUCACGAUAUCGCUGUCAAACCCCGCAACUGGCGGCAAUGCUACAACGCAAAUGACAUCAGAACGGAUAUGUGUGAGUGUCGAUAUCCGAAACUCGGUUCGAGAAUUUGAACAACUUCGGGGAUGUACUGUAGUCGAAGGAUUCGUCCGGAUAGUUUUAAUUGAUCGUGCUAAUGAGUCAGACUUCGAGAAUGUGACGUUCCCAGAAUUGCGUGAAAUUACGUGCUACUUAAUGCUUUAUCGAGUCAGAGGACUAAAAAAUCUUGGAUUUCUCUUUCCAAACUUGGCAGUAAUACGUGGGAAUACACUAUUUCAGGAUUACGCUUUGGUGGUUUAUGAGAUGGUAGAACUGCAAGAACUCGGUCUGUGGGGAUUGGCUGCCAUUUUGCGAGGUUCGGUGAGAAUUGAAAAGAACUACGCGCUGUGCUAUUACAACACGGUAAACUGGGACGCAGUUACGAACGGCGGCGAGCACGUCAUAGCGUUGAACAAGGACUCGGCUUCGUGCCCGGGCCAGGGUAUGUGUGAUGUGGCAGAGGGGUGUAACAAGACCAUGUGUUGGGGGAGCCACACCCACAACUGUCACCACCGAAGGCGUCUGCAAAGCGAGUGCCAUGAAUUGUGUCUGGGAGGCUGUUCUGGACCCCGGGCAGACCAAUGCUACGUGUGUCGAGGAGUACUCAACGACGGGAACUGCAUCCAAAAGUGCCCCAGAGAUAGGGUUUCAUAUCUGGGUCGGCGUUGUGUGACAGAAGAUGAGUGCCGACUGUUGAAUCAUUCGUAUAUGGAUGCCUGGACACCGGAAUAUGGAAGGCGCUGCUGGCCUUUUAAUGGGUCAUGUGUUGAUAAGUGCCCUCCAGGAUAUGAGGAACAGAGUAAUGGCACGAUUACAGUAGGAUGCCAGCCUUGCCAAGGGCGAUGCAGCCACGAAUGUGUCGGAGGAUUUGUAAGCAGCAUAGAAGAUGCUCAGAAGCUUCGUGGCUGUACCACGAUUCUGGGCUCUCUAGAGAUCUUUAUCCGUGGUUAUGGAAAUCAUAUUGUUAGAGAACUGGAAGAGAACCUUGCUGCUAUUGAAGAAAUCCAGGGGUAUCUCAAAGUGUCACGCUCAUUCCCACUCACAUCAUUGAAUUUCCUCAAGAAUCUCCGUAUUAUUCACGGUAACAAACUUGAAGACAACUGGUACUCCUUGGUAGUCCUUGAGAACCAAAACCUGCAGGAGUUGUGGGACUGGUCCUCAAGACCUCAAGGUUUACAACUAAAGAUUGUGAAAGGACACUUGAGGUUUCAUUACAACCCAAAACUCUGCAUGUCCGAGAUAGAUAAAUUACAAAAUAUAUCUGGAGCUCCAAACUAUACAAAUUUUGAUGUUGCUCGAGAGUCAAAUGGUGAUAAAGUGGCUUGUAACGUAGUUAAUCUUAAUGUGAACUCAACUGUGACAUCGUCUACAAGUGUUUUGAUUGAAUGGGAACGAUGUGUACUUCCUGAUCCACGCUCUGUCCUGGGUUAUAUGGUAUAUUAUAUAGAAGCUCCAGAACAGAAUUUAACAGAACAUGAUGGCUUGGAUGCUUGUGGAGACUGUGGAUGGCAUGUCGUGGAUGUCCCAUACGACACAGAUGAAAAGAAUACUGUGGACACAUCUCAGUAUGGUAACUUGGUGCAGUUUCUCCCGCAUCUUGAACCAUUUACACAGUACGCUUUCUAUGUGAAGACAUACACAAAGAGCAAUGUAGGAGGACAGAGUACAAUAAAAUAUUUCAGGACAUUUCCAGACAGGCCUUCUGUUCCAAAAGAAAUUCACGCCUUUUCCAAUUCUACCUCCAACAUAAUUUUACAUUGGCAACCUCCUGAACAUCCAAAUGGUAUCCUAACCCACUACCUCGUGUCAGGCAUAUGGGAGCGCGACGACUGGCUCUUCCUAGAACAACGGAAUUACUGUCAUCAUCCCCUUGACCACACGUCAGAUCACGAUGUACUUAUCGUACCUUCAAGUACCAGCGAUACGGUCAGCUCACAAAAUUGCUGUGAAAAAGGAAAGUCUGAACCGAUUGUCUUGAUCGAAGAUGAAGAUGAUUAUAAUAUGUUGUGUGUACCCAAGGCAACAAAGAAAAACAAAAUCUUUGAUGUGUAUGGUGUUGAGAUUGAUCCUUGUAUAAACUAUUUCUAUUCAUUUAUUCACAGUGGAAUACCUGAGUUGAAAGAUGAGCAAGAUAAACUGACCUUGGCCUCCAGGUUUCCAAAUUUUAAUUCUUCAGGGUCAUCUCAACAGAAGGUAUUAGCAACAUUCAAUAAUCAUACACUAAUAAACAGCUAUGGCGUUUAUGAAAAAUUUCUCAAACGAAUAAAUGCUAAUACAACACAGAUAGUCUUAAAUCACAUGCACCAUUUCGCACAAUACACAAUCAAAGUCGCUGCUUGUCACGAGCCGCAUUAUGCAGAUCUGCAGAAGUACAAUACAAAUGACAUCACACUCGCAGAAUAUGAAUGGUGUAGUCCAGCUGGGCUUGUGACUGUCCGAACAAAGCAUCUUGCCAUUGCUGACACAAUAGAUUCGGAUCACUUGGCCGCACAAGUUUCCAAUGGAACAUCUGGGACUGUGAGACUGACUUGGAAAGAACCAAAAGCACCUAAUGGAAUCAUAGUAGCAUAUCGCACAGAGCAUCAUCGUACAGACAGUGGAACUUUGAACCCAAUUGUUAAGUGUUUAACAAGGCAGGAAUACUUGAAAUAUGGAAGAGGUUAUGUUUUGAAUAACUUGCCUCCUGGAAACUAUAGCUUCCGUGUCAGAGCCAUGUCUCUGGCUGGAGAAGGACCAUUCACAAAACUGUUUCACUUUACUGUGGAGGAACUUCCUGCUGUGUCUUCAUGGGGGUCAAUGAUUGGGGUUUUUGUUGGUUGUUUGCUUGUACUGAUAUGUUUUAUAGUUUUGGCUAUGUUGUGGUGGAAAAAGAGAGCAAAAGAAAGGAGUUUGAUGAUCAUUGCAUCAGUUAACCCUGACUAUAUUAGUGCAGGUGAUGUGAUUUAUGUGGAAGAUGACUGGGAAGUUGCACGUGAAGAACUCAAACUUGUGAGAGAGUUGGGACAGGGCUCAUUUGGUAUGGUGUAUGAAGGACUUCUUAGCCCUGGGGAUAUCCGUUGCGCAGUUAAAAUGAUCAGUGAAAAUGCAUCUGUCAGAGAAAAGAUGGAAUUCCUUAAUGAGGCUACUAUGAUGAAAUCAUUUGCAGGUGCACAUCAUGUUGUGAAUCUUCUGGGUGUUGUCUCAAGAGAACAACCUGCCCUUGUUGUCAUGGAGCUGAUGGCUCAAGGGGACCUCAAAACAUAUCUUAGAGCAUCCAGACAACCACCACCACCACCUCCAGAUCUUUGCCGCAUGUUGCUUAUGGCUGCUCAGAUAGCCGAUGGUAUGGCUUACCUCGAAGCGCACAAAUUUGUUCAUCGGGAUUUAGCAGCAAGGAACUGUAUGGUUGCCGAAGAUCUAACCAUAAAGAUAGGGGACUUCGGUAUGACAAGGGAUAUUUAUGAGACUGAUUACUAUCGAAAUGGAAGCAAAGGACUACUACCAAUACGAUGGAUGUCUCCUGAGAGUUUAGCAGAUGGAGUAUUUACUAGCCAGUCCGAUGUGUGGAGUUUUGGUGUUGUUCUCUGGGAGAUGGCUACAUUGGCAGAGCAGCCAUAUCAAGGCUUAGCUAAUGAGCAGGUACUUCAGUUUGUUCUUGGUGGAGGUAUUCUAGACCGUCCACUCUGCUGUCCAGAUGUACUUCACCAAUUCAUGGUAGCAUGUUGGCAGAGGAGACCUACCCAUCGUCCAAAAUUCUUGCAAAUAGUUUCAGAUCUGGAGACAGUGAGUGACCUUGGUCAAAAAUUCCAGCAUGUCUCUUUCUACCAUAGCACAGAAGGACAGGUCAUAAAAACGAACAUGGCACAGCAGCAGGAUCUUGACUUGUCAUGUGAGUUACAAUUUGACCAGACAUUCGUAAGUUCCCCUCCAGUUUCCUUCUACCAGCUGCUAGAAGAAGAAACUAUUCCUUCGGAAGAAAAUGUAGUACAACACCAGAGAGCUGCUGAUGAAAGUUAUGUGUUUCCUGGUAACCAUCAAGGUCAGUCAGUCAGAGAUCCCAGUAACCUCCAGCUUGGCAUGAAACAUCCAUCUUCAGUAACAGUUCCUCCUAAUCGGCAUGAAAUAAGUGAUAGCUACGUGUUACCAGAACAUUUACCUGGCUUUCCAGAAACUGAACAUGUUCUUUAUGGCCCAGGUUCAGACUUCACCCUGCAGCACAACAGUUUUGAAACUGCUCCACUGAAAAGAACCUCUCAGACAGGAUCUUCUGUGAUUAGGAAGGCUUCACAGUUGAUUCCUCAGACUGGGUAUGGGCUUCUAGACAAUGAGUACAGUCAGCCAGAGAAUAUUGAUCCUACAAUUCCAUCUCAAGUAACAAGUGAUUCUUGUAGUAAAAUAUUAUUUGCUGGACUUGGGGAUGGCUAUGUACCUGAUGAAAAUAUCCUCCCAAAAACACAUUCUGAAGAAUGUGAUUUACAUUCGUCUGUGUCUGCAGUCAGAACACAGGACUGUGCACCUUCAGAAAACAAUAGUGUGGAGGGUGAUACAAGAUUACAAGCUCAAGGUUCUAAGUGCCCGGUGGCUACGGUUUCAUCUGGAAAUAGAGCCAUUCCAUCAAGUAAAGACAGUCCCAAAGGUGAUGAUGGUAAUAAAAGCAAACCUAGACCUCCUAAUGGCAUGGUAAAUGGGUACAUUUCCCUCCCACAGGAAGAUGGCAAUGAAUGUGUUCCACCCUUGAAAUAACAUUUCUGCCUGACUUCACAGAAUGUAGUGGUUGUUUAGUUAUCAUAAAAAGUGUUGAUUCCAGAUAGUCUCUUCCAUUUGCUAAACUAGCCAGAUACCAAUAUAAACAUACAAAGACUGUUGUAAUGUGUCCUCCCCCCUCGGGUGAAGUUUCAAAUGCUCUCAGUUUUAUAAGAUAGUGCAUGCUUGUGAAAGUGUUCAUGUUGUCGUGUUAAUUUAUGAAAGCAAAGUAAUUGGAUGUUCUCUCUAAAAAUGGACUUGUGGAAAGAAAAUAAGAUGGAGUGAAUUAAUUCUUAACAUAUUUAAUGAAACUGCUUCAGUUAAGGGGGUUAUAUAGUAACAAGAUGCAGAUUACUGAUCAACAGACACUUUUAUUUGGAAAUUGGUAGCACACUGCAUUUUCUGAUGACUGUUCUGACAUUCACACUGCCUUCAAACAGCAAGACUGGAAAGGCAUAAUUUGUACCAGAAUACAAAGUUUUUGCGUGUGUACUUGGAAUGAAACAUGCGCAUGCACAUGUGCACACACACACACUCCCAAGUAACCCUGUGUGUUCAUUUCGUGCACAUGGUGUGAAGUAUGCAAAGGGAGAGUUUCAGUUGUUUAUAUCCAAAAAGACCAGUAGUUCACCUUUCUAUUGGUUGUCUAUUCUUUUGUGUCUUAAUCUUUAAAAGUCUGUUCAAUUUUAAAACGAAUAUGAUCAGGAAGUAAUAUAGUUCAUACGUCCUUUUUACUCAAAUUUAAGAUUUGAUUCACAGUUCAGUAACCUAGGUACAGAUGUUGAACCUACUUAUGGGUGCUGGCACCAUGUAGCAAUUGGCUUGUUGCCGACUUACAAUCAUAAAUACAAUCCCUUGUUUGUCAUUUGCACAGUCAUAUUAUACUAAAAUUUUUCCCCUGCUGCAUUAUUUAAUAUGAAGAGAUAUUACCUGUAAGAACAUCAAUAUGCUAAAUAUUAUAGGUCUGUAAAUUGAAUUACUCUUGUAAGAAAUCUGUACUUUAAAUUUCUAAUUUGCUAUCAUGCCAGACAAAUUUCGAAAGGAUUUAUGGGUGUGGAGGAAAGGGAGGGAAGUCCCAUCUAAAUACAUACCAUGGUUUUCACUUCUCUUGAAAAUACUGCAGUUGUUGCAAUCAUUAAAAAUGUGUAUAAAUUCAUUGAAAUAAUUGUAGACAAGUGAAUCACUAACUUCAUAAGAUAAAUUUAAACUUAGAUGUUAGUACUUUUACUUUGGAUUUUAAAAAAAGUUGAUUCUGUCAUAGGUCUGUAACAGUACUGAAUUUAAGAACAUUUUAUUAACUGCCUGUGUUAUGAAGCAUCAAAUGGUAUGAUGAUUUGGAAGUGUUAUUUUAAAAGUACUAUCAUGGAAUGUUCUUGGAGGGCCUGAGGAAAACACCAAAACUCUGAAUUUGGGCCAUAAUUUGUAGCAGAAAUGCAAAUCAAUUAACCAUGUUUAAUAUAUUGAGGAUUUUGAUUUUUUAAAAUUAUUUUGAAAAUGUUUGUAUAUCAAACAAACAGUUAAAGAUACUUGUAUGCCUUCACUGUUCAAGUAAUGCUGGAUUAAAAUUGUUGUAAGUUUGCUUUUAAUAUGGAGGUAUUACUACAUAUGACAAACAUCAAGCUUCAGAUGAUAUUACAUAUUACAAGCAUCCAAACAUCAUAUUAUUCUUACACAUACAAAAUUAAUUGAUGGAUCUAAAAAAGAUAUAUGAACCUCUAAAUGAAGUUUCAAAAUAAAAAUUGAUGUCUUUUGGUAAAUACUACCACAAUUGAAUGUUUAAUCCAAAUUAAGUCAUAUUUGGGCAAAUCUUCCCUACAAUCAAAGUAUGAGGGCAAUUUACAAUGCAAGUAAUCUGCUCCCAUGCAAAUCUAAUUUCCAUGGAAUAUUAAAGCCCGAAGUGACGCUAAGCAUUACAAUGUUGUUAUCAAAGAUUCACCUAUACGGAUAGAUAGAGAUAUGGGCCUCAUAAUCUGUGCACAGAUCGAUUCGUUCCGAUUACUGUUACCACCAAUUAAUAAUCCCCGAGCUCUUUAAAAUCAAACCAUUUCUUGCAAGAUCCAUCUCUAAUAUGCUGCCUGUUUAUAGCACAUGAGCUGAAAUCUGAUAAAAGACUGAUUGUUUAUGAAAUCGUGGCACUACACAACUAUAAUAAACCCAUAUCUUACGCCAGACAAGCAUUAGGACUUUUCACAGUUGUUAGCUGAAAGCAAGAUUCCCUGAGGAACUGCACGGACACACAAAAGAACAGCAAAAUGAAAUGUCAGCGAUAUAAAGGUUGAAAAGCUGCCAAUGAAAUAGUAUUGUAAUUAUAUCAAAAUUUCAUGCCAUUUCAGCAUAAAUUGAUAAGCCACACUGUUUGGACUGCUGGCAUUAACUUCUUACCUUUAACUCUUUGAGUCCACUCAAGUGCCCCAACGAAAGACAGUGAUAUCGUGCUGGAUGGUUUGUCAUACCUUAGUGGUGGUGAUACGUGCAUAUCAAGUACAAAACAAGUGUUGGAUGACAUGGGAAGAAUAUCCCUGCCCAUGCAGCAGUUGAAAUGUAGAUUGUAAUUUAUUUUGCAGUUGUUGUACGGCAAAAUUGUGCUGUUGUAUAAGUUUGUUUUCAAGGUUAACUCCCACAUUUCCUGGACGUAAUGUAACUGGUUUAUUACGUUGCGAAAAUUUCCUGUAUUACCAGUACUGCUAAAAGUCUUUUAUGCGUGUAUUUACUUCGCAAUAUCGGGUACAAAUUGCGCUGAAUCACUGUUAGUGCAUUUUCCGUUCAACAUUAUAUCUCUGAGAAGUAGUUUUAUGACCGGUUGCCGCCGUAAUAAUUUAUGUUUUUUUCCACAAUACAUUGUUACGCAUUCUUCAGUUGUCUGUAAUGGAAUUCGUCAUAACGUGACAAACUUUAUUUUUUGUUUCAUACGAAACACCAUGUUUGAACACUCCUCCAUCUAAUUUUCUAAACUGGAAAAAUCAGCAACUUUCCCGGGUUUAUACGUAUUUUGGAUAUCCCAGUGUGUAAUUUUCUAAACAAUAAAAAUCAAUAAUUUCCCAGCGUUGUCUCUUCAAAAAGAAAAUCUUUUGUAUUUAGAAAAUUAAAAAUGAAGAAAAACCUGUUAUUUUUCCGGGGCAGUAUGUGGAAGAGAAAUAUUUGUUUACCUGUAUACAUUGUUCAUACGAUGCUAUUCUAUAAUUUUUCUGGAGCUGUCUAACAAGAAAACUGUUUUUUGUAUCUACGUUUUCCCUCCUCCUGAUUUGCCUUUCAGGGAAAACGCGACGUUACGUAUGUUUUUGGACACCCAUGUUACUAGUUUCCAAAAAACAAUAAAUUGAAUACAAGAAGCCAGUAAUUUUCGCAGAGUUUUUACUCCAAGAAGAACAUUUCUGAAUGCAACAUUUUUUUCAGCAUGCCAUUUGGGAGGAAUGCAUCACUAAGUUUCUUUGGACACCCCUGUACCCUAUCCUUGAAACUGAAAAAUUGAGGAGUAUUUUUUUGUUCUCGCCAUUUUCUUCUGUGAAACACUUUUUGGGAGAAAUGAUGAGAUGGGCAGUUCAUUGUUUAUACGCACACACACGUACAUACAUAAAUAUAAUUUCAGGGUGAAAUUUGAUUGAAAUAGGCCAGAUAAUUGAGGUUUUGUUCCCUGAGGGGCCGAGAUCUCUGCCGGCAAUGAGGCCCACCAAACCUCUUACACAGUGGUCUCUUCCACAAGUUAAAGCUGAUCGAGCAUUAAUAUGAUCUUUCUGCAGAGGUGCAAUACUGCAUGGAGCUUUACCUCCACUCCCCCAUACAGUCACCCAUUGACACAGCGAUUAUUAUCAUGCGGAUAUAGGGACAAACUGGAAUUGUAUUUAUCCCUUGGAUAGUACUGGAGUAAAUCUGAUGGCUUUGUUGAUUUUAUGGUGAAGUAUAUAGUUCACUAUGGGAAUAUUUCAUAGAUGAGUGUCUUCUGGGUUGUACACUGUAGACUAAAUGGUGCUACAACCCAGAAGACGGCCAUCUUCAUACUCACUGCUGUGAAAACCUCAAAUCCUACUUUACAAUAUUUCAUGUUUAAAUAUUGGCCAGUCUGAUCAAUCCACUCUAAUAUUUUAACGUGGGAUCUAUGAAUAUUAAACAUUGCUCACAAAACAAGAAAUGCUUUAGGGCCCUGAUAUAUUCCACAUAUUAUAUUCCAUAUUAUCUCACAUUCAGAUUAGGACAAGAACACAGGGCCAUUUUAAGAAGGGACUACCUUUAAUAUAUAUUUACACAAUUUUAUAACUUCAUCCAACUCAUUCUAAAUGCUAAUAUAUAUAUUUAGUUCCAUAAAUUGCUAGUUUGAAUCCAGCACAGGAUUAUUAAAUGCUUUCCAUUAGCCCCAGAGAAAAAUAUAUGCACUGCUUUAGAACUGUUGUCAUCUACGAUCUGCACACUUCACGUUUUACAAAACAUGAAUAAACACACUUUUAUGUCUUCUGGUAAAGAGAGAACAUAAGACUAAAGAGUAUUAUGUAGAAAUAAUCAGGUCUCAUAUGCAUCAAAGUGUUUUUGUAUAUUUUUAUAUGUGCCAAAACCUAAGAGUAUUAAUACGUUGAUGUUUUUGAAGACAAGGUAAUAUGUUGUUUGCUGGACACAGUUGAUAUAACAUGUUCCAACAAAAGUAUGAAUCUCUCUGAUGUAAAGUUUAUGUAACUCUACACUGGCAACUGUGUAUGUAAUUACUGUAUUAUACAUUAAAUAUGAAGUCUCCCCUUGCAA